AGAUUAGUCACUAAGCAUCGGCUGCAGCAGGUCAGUGGCCAGGGCAGCCUCCAUGGCUAUCUACAGAUUUUCUUCAGGACAAAUGAUGUGAGGGUUGGUACAUUAGUGGGGGAAGACAAAAAUGGAAAUAAAUACUAUGAAGACAGCAAGCAGUUUUUUGGCUAUCACCAGUGGGUUAUAUAUACUACUGAAAUGAAUGGCAAGAACACAUUCUGGGAUGUGGAUGGAAGCAUGGUGCCCCCUGAAUGACAUCAUUGACUUCACUGUAUGACUCAUGAUCCUCCAACAAGAAAAUCACCUAUUGCUCGUACAUUCAUUUGGACAAACCAUAAAUUCAGCAUGAGUGGCACUCCACAACAAUAUAUACCUUAUUCCACCACUAGAAAGAAGAUUCAGGAGUGGGUCCCACCUUUGAUACCUUACAAGUAAAGACAAUGAAAAACAAUUUAAACAUGUAAAAUAUGGGGCUUUUUGUGUAAUUGCACCGUUACUGCUUACUAUUAACUUGAUUAAAAUUGUUUGAUUGAAAAAAAAGAAAAAGAUUAGUCACUGCACAAGAAAAUGCAAAGUGCCCUGAAAUUAUUCAGCUUACAUAUGAAAGAAAUCUGGUAGGCGUUUUCCCAAGUUUGACAAUCUAAAAUUUUACUCAUUUUUAAAAAUUAAUUAAUUAAUUUUUGACUGUGUUGGGUCUUCGUUGCUGUGCGUGGGCCUUCUCUAGUUGUGGUGAGCAGAGGCUACUCUUCCGUUGCAGUGUGCAGGCUUCUCAUUGCAGUGGCUUGUCUUGUGGAGCACAGGCUCUAGGCGUGUGGGCUUCAGUAGUUGUGGCACGUGGGCUCAGUAGUUGUGACUCAUAGGCUCUAGAGCACAGGCUCAGUAGCUGUGGCGCACGGGCUUAGUUGCUCCACGGCAUGUGGGAUCUUCCCGGACCAGGGCUUGAACCCCUGUCCCCUGCAUUGGCAGGCGGAUUCUUAGCCACUGCGCCACCAGGGAAGCUCUAAAAUUUUACUCCUUUUUUAAUUAUAAAAAUACAUUAAAAAAUUUUAAUAUAUGUAAAAGAAUAAAACUUCACUCAUCAAAAAUGAGAAGGAAACUCAACAGGGAAUAUUAUAAAAUCAUUGUCAUAUGAAGAGAUGACUGAAGAGUUUGCAGCCAAAAAACGCAUGGAAAAAGGUAUCAGAGAAAGGUGUUGACACCAUCAAUUAAUAAAAAUAAUAUUUUCUGAAUGUUAGUGAUGUUUGUGGUAUUUAUCACUUUUUUAAAUUUGUGGUUUGUAGUGAUUUAUUUUCUUAUUCUAAAUAAAUACUAAUUUAGGUAUCUAAUUAUUUUACUUGAAGUUUUGUGAGGUUUUUUUUCCUUAAGGGGACCUCCCCAGUUGUACCUUGUUCAGCUCCCUGAAACGUGGAUCUGCCUGUGAAUGAAUGAAUGAGUCCAAGUUCUAGUCCACAGAAAUUUAUGCAGAAAGAACCCCAGGGCCUCUUCCUCAGAAGGAAGCUCCGGAUGUGAUAGUCUGAGUCACUCCUGUGUACCUGGCAUGCCCACAGGAGAGGCAGAUGAUAAACACAAAUGUGAGGCCUUUCGAAUGUCAAUGUUAACCCAAAGUGCAGCUUGAAAGGAACUUUCAGACACUACCUCCAUGUCAGAGAUUAGUUGGCCUGAGAUUUUGGGGCAGGGAGCAAAGAACCAGAGAGUCCCCAAGACCUAUUUGCAUCAGGAGAGAGGAGUGGAGGAAAGGGAGCAACUUGGGAUGGGCUGAGCCAACCAUGCAGCUUGGUUAAAUAUCUAUUGAGCAUCUGCUACAUGCCAGGCACUGUUCCAUAGUCUGGAACAAAAUACUCCAAAAUCUCUGCCCUCCUUGUGCUGACAUGGCAGGGGUGGGGAUGGCAGUGUAGGAGGAAGGAAGAACAAUAAACAUUUUUAAAACUGUAUA